AUGGAUGAAACACCAACAAAAACUCGUCUUCAGAAGUCGAAAGAGAAGAAAUCAGUAACUGCCGAUGAUUCUUUGAUUUUAACAUCAAUUUUACCUGAUGAUGUUGAAGAUGAAAAAGGAGAAAGUGAUAGUGACCAACCACUGAAGGAGAUGAAAAUGAAAGCAAUGAAAGAUACUCUGAAGAGAAAAGAAGUCUCUGAAGAUGGAAAAGGGGAAUCUGAUGGUGACCAGCAACAAAAGGAGACUAGAACCAGCGUAAAGCACGACACUGUCAAGAAGAAAAAGAAAGUCUCUGAUCCUGAAGCAACCACCCCAUCAAGGAAGUCGCAGAGAUUGAAAGAUCAGGUAUCACCUAGUUCACCGAAGCCUGAAGCAGAAAAGAAAACAAAGGAGAAGACUAAUAAGAAAGUUGUUUCUGAUCGGCAAGCUGAGGAGCAAUUAAUUGCGAACAUUAGUGCAUCUAAAGCUACUAAGAGAAAAAAGAAAGCAGAGAAAGAUGCACCAAAGGAAGUUUUGGAUGAUGAUACAGAGAAUGAGGAUGAUACAGAUGAUUUUGAGAAAGCUGCAGCAAAGGAAGCUGUCAAGCAAGUUGUUGAUAAGCAAAAGAAAAAGAAAAAGCUUUGGUUGGCUGAGCACUCUAACAUAUCUGAGUUGGCAUCCGACAUCAAGGUCAGUGACAUUGCUACUACACCAAGAGCUGGGAGUUGUGAAUGCACCAGUUAUGCAUUAUGUAAAAUGAUAUCUUAUGAGUGCGGGGUUUUUGAUGAGAACUUUAGAGAUGCGUACAGUCCAAUGGAGUUGGAACUCUGUGAACCAAGAGAACCAAGAAACAGGAAAACUAUAUAUGAACUCAUCGCAAUGGAUCUGGAAGAGAAUAAGGAUAAGUAUGAAAAUGCAUUUCAGGAUGCGUUACAGAUUAUUGAAGAAGAUAAGUUUCCCGAUAGUCCUGGAGCAAGGUUGAAGAAUGUUAAAGAAAUGCUAAAAGACAUCAAACAGACUCAGGAGAAAUAUAGACAGACUGAAGGAGACAUCAAUUCUCAGUUGUAUGAUAAAGUGAAGGAGUUGAUCGUUGCUUCAGAUGGUGCUGGAGGACAACAACAGAAUGUAGCAGAAAUAGCUGAAGGGCCCACAUUUAAUCUCCAUAUUUCACAAGGAGAAGAUGGUGCUGGAGGACAACAACAACAAGCUGUUGAGAUGCCAGAAGAGCCAGUCGCAGAAAAGCCGCAACAACCAGCUGUUGACACGGCCGUUGCUGAAAACAAAGAAGAAGACUCAAAUGCAUCCGCACAGAAUCCCUCAACUCCAGCCACACAGGAAGCUCAAAACAAAGAAGACUCAAACGAAGCUGCGGAAAAGGAGCUAAAUACACAGGCAUUGGAAGAAGAAGUAGAAGAGGAAUUUGUUCCAAGAAUAGAAUUUGCAAAGAAGCAACCUGUGAAGAAAUACGCCACUAAAGAAAAAGAACGGCAGAAGAGGAUGGGAACCAACCAGAAAGCAAGAAAUUCGGCUUGGAGUAUCAGAAAAGGAGAAGACCCGUACUUGUGGGAUAUUCGGAUUCACGGAGAUGUAAUAAGGCAUCUAAUGAACAAUAAAUAUCUAGAAGAACAAGUACUACGCUACUACAGUUAUAGGUUGUUCAGGAAGCAGAAAUAUGAACAGGAGGCUGAUAGUAUUGACAAGAGUUGGGCGAUAGAUGCCAAUGAAGACAUCUGGGAUGAUGCUGCGCGUCAAUGUGAUGAAGCUGCGCGUCAAUGUGAUGCCAAUAUAAAGGUUGAAAUGUAA